AUGCUGCGUAUCGGUCGGCGGAGCCUCGCUGUUGUCACAGCGGCUGCCAUUACGGACGCGGCGACCAAGCUGAACGCGCUCCUCGACAUGAAGAAUCGUACUCAUCCAGUCCCUCACGGUGAGAUAAAGCGCUUUCUCAAGGCGGAGGUAAUGCCAGUGCUGACGGGAACGGAGCUGGACAGGCGCGGUAACUCAACGGACCUCCGUCACUUCCUCGGCCAGCUCACCCGCGACGCGGCCUUCGCAGCUGUCAUCGUUGGUGCCCGUCCAGAAGCGAGCUUUGUGCAGGCGAUCGUGACGUGCAUCAAGGAGGACCAUCAGCGCAUGCGCUUUCUUCCGAAGAUGUCCUCGCCACAGGCAAGCAAGAUCAUCGAAUAUCUUUGUAAGGCGGGCGUGACAGACAUGGAGGUCUACCCAGUACUGAUCUCGCGACUGAACUUUGGCACUCUGAACGAGCUGGGCAGGGUCAUGUUUGCACUCACAGAGUCAGGCUUUCACGCUCUGAGCAUACUCGUUGUUGUACCCCUCUACAGUGGAGAAAAGUGGGUGCUCGACUUCGACAAGGCGAAGACGAAGAGGAACGAGUCGUCGUGUAGCGCCUUCGACGCCGUGCGGGUUCUGCGCGCGCUCUCCAAAUCGUGCCGUGCCUAUGUCGAGGAAUCCCGGCGCGCCCCAAAGGAAGGCAUGACGGGCGUCCCCAGCGAGAGCCUUAACUUGCUACGCAACAACCUCCUGCGCUUUAUCUUCGAAAACGCGUCCGUGCUGCGCGGGGCGCACUGGCUGAACGUUGCCCGCGCACUACUGAACUUCCCGAGGGAGUUCAGCGAACUGCGGAACUUCGUCCGAGACUACCCUGCCAUCGAGAAGGAAUUGCGGUCUGCGCUGGGUGUGUCAAAGGACUGCACAGCCACGUCGUCGUCGCAUGACGUGAAAGCACCAUGCUCCGUCAACUGCGAAAGCGUUGGGGCGGCGGCAAUGCAGCGCGUAUUUCAGUACGCCGAGCAGCGCAGUGUUAUCCCAGAUGUGGAGGUGGGGAGCCCUGUCAGCGCGGAGUUUCCUUUUGACCUUAGUUACGGCGACCUCUUGAAGCUGCUCCCCUUGCUCGAUCAGUUUCCUAGCAUGACAUCUGCACAGAAUACCCAGCAGCGUGCGGAGCUCGUGCUGCAGGUGAUGUGCGCGAACGUGCACCAGCUCCGCCUGCAGGACCUUGUCACCGCGCUACAGGUGCUGCGCCGCAUACGACUAUCGCCCAAAACGACAGCGGCAGUGGAGACGAUUGCGCACGAGGCGGGCAACCGCCUCACUGUUUCUUCUGCGGAAGAGGUGCUCGGUGCCAUCUCCUUCCGCACGGUCGCGCAACUUGCAGCCGCGCUGGCGGCGCUGCGCGUCACUCGCUGCGACGGCUUCGUUACGUUUGUGACCACCAGGAAUGACAUAUUUCCGUCCUCGCUGACCGUGGACACGGCGCUUUCCUUCAUCAACGCUUUAGCGGGGCUCAAGAUGACGCGCUCAAGCCUGUGCCAUAGCGCGCUGGAGUCGAUACUGCGCGGUGUGCUGAACUUUCACAGGCAGCAGCUGAGGAAUGGGCCCCUGCUGGACGCCUUUCCCAUCCCCGUCGCUCGGAUGCUGCGCGGCUGCGUGCUGCUCGACUACAUACCACCCGCGGACAUUCUGCAAAGCUUUCUCGGCUCAGCGGAAGCACCACUGCGCGUGAGUGAGGAGGUGCACGGCGCUGGAGGUGUGCUCGUGUUCGACCUCUCUCGCUCCCUGUCCCACUUCUUGAAGCAGGCACGAGCCACCGCCCCGGAGCGGGAGAAGGAUCUGUGGGACAUUGGUGUAGUGGGGGUUGCGCUGCCCCUCGCUGUCGCGUGUACCGAAGACACCGUUCAUGCUAUGGAAAGCUAUCGACAGACGGCGUCCUCCUCGCACACGGCGGUGUCGUGGCGCUCCACGGUCGACAUGCUGGCGCUCUUCAUUGAUCCCCAGAUGAACAGCACAAACAGAGGCACCAUGGUGCAGCGCCUGCUAGAAGUCUUUUCAGAGGUGGAAACCUUGCUGAGGGCCGCUGCGACAGCGACCCGCGCACACCUCGACCAGUGCUCCCGCCACAUCCACCACAGCGACGAGGCUCGUCAGCGUUCACGACAGACGCCCUUCAAUGCCAACUGCAACAUGCACUUUCUCUCUGCCUUGCUGAUUUUCGAGUACGUUGUCUUUCACGCGAACACGCAGGCCGGGAGACCGCCCUCCAGUAUGGCUGGCGAACCGGUCACUAGUGUCCGUGGCGAUGCCGAGAAGGAUAUGGCAACUCUGGCGGGGCUAAAGGACCAGUACAGUGAGUUUCUUAGGACCCCUAUCAGCGAGUCGGUGACCGACACGCCUAUGGAUAUCGUGCGUCGCAUCUUUGAGUGCCCGCUCUCGGGCCCCGUCGCCGGCUCAGCUGCGCCGCCACCCACAGUUGUGCUCCUGGAAAAGAAAGAUGCGGUGGAAAUCACAACCACACUGCCGUUUGCGCUCUCUCUCGUGAUCGACCCGGGGCCAGUCAACGAGUUUUUCACGGAGCAGUGCAUGUCGAUUAUGGUAGGCGACGCGGAGGAGUCGCAUUGA